AUGCAGGAUGGCAGCCUGCCUCCCAACUGCUGCACUGUAAUCUGUUGGUCCGCCACGUUGGGAGCCUUUCGUGAAGCCUUGUUCUCCAGCUUGGCCCACAUUGCCGCGGGACAUUUGGACGCCUGUCAGGGCUAUGAGGUCACCAACAUGCUGUGGGCCUUCUCACAGCUACACAAGUUUCAGCCGCAGAUGGCCAUCAACUUGCAAGGGGACCUGCAGAAUUUUCUUGAUGCAGUGAUGCACUUGUUCCUCAAUCGGGGCCUGGGCAAGAUGAAAGGUCAAAUUUUGAUCUCCGCGCUUCUUUCGGUUGUGAACUUUCCCAGCUCGGUCCCCGAGCAGAGCGCUCUGUUCGAGCGGCGACACGCUGGGCGCGGCUCAUCUCGGAGCACCGGACCAUCCACGUGGCCUGUGAGAUCAUGCGCUAGAAGAUCUGCAGCUCGUGCAGAGAAGAUGGUCCAGAUGCUGAAGCCGAUUUGCCCCGAAUUGGGGAUCUCGAGAGGUUUCAAGAAGCCGGGUUUUCGACAAGAUGUCGAUGCCUCCCAGGUCUGA